AUGUUUCUCGCUCCAGAAGCCGGCAGCGGAAGAGCUCGGAAGCUUCCGGAAGCGCCUUGGAUUCACGACUCCGAGAAUGAUGUGGUUGGAAGCUUGGCGGAAGCGCACAAUUCGGAGCUCGACCAGACGGAGAUUGAGGUUAUCACAAAAUGGCCUCGUCCGACGACGACAAGAGCAGUUCACGGGUUUUUCGGCUUAUCUAGCUACUAUCGUAAAUUCAUCAAGGGUUAUGGGUUAUUGCUGCUCCAUCAACACAGUUACUGA